CAAUCUUCACGGUAGUACAGGUACAUCAAAACAUGGCGGUGUUGUAGUGGUAAAAUCAUUGCGCAGUCCAAAAGAAACGUCUUUUUAAACCCAUAUUCCUACCAUUAGGCGCACAAAUACUCCCCUCAUGGACGGGAAGGAUAAAGAUUUCAACGAGGGUGGAAACGAGCCAUGGAGCUUUUCAAAUUACGAGCGCCAGUGCGUUGAACAACUUGAGACCCAACCAGACUUUGAGGAGCAGUUAGCUGGAGAGAAAGAACAGGCCGUUCAACGAUUGUGGAAUGCUUUUCAAAAUGCGGCAAUGGCUUGUGCUCAGCUUUAUAAAGAACGCCACCACGAUGCUAACGAUAAUGGCUGCUUAUGGACGCCAUUUCAAGACACAGCUAACACUAUAGCUCUGCUUUAUAGAGAAAGUUUAGAUCUACAUAAGAGAGCCAUAGACACCGGGCAUCAAGCUGGUCWUAGAAAAAGAAAUAAAGACAUUCUUUCUUGGGCAAAAAAGAGACGAAAACUUAUCAGAAGAGAAGAUUUGAUAUCAUACUUGGCCGGUAGGUCGUCACCAAGACGACAGAGCGAUGUUCGAAGCAGUAGUACAGCUGUARGCUCCAAUGCGACUGUUCUUUCAUCGGGGAUGGAAUUUGAAAGUAGGGACACUGGAGUGCAGUGCUAUGGGCCAUUUGAAGACUUAUCUGUAGAAGAACAGAUAAACACAGCACCAUUUUAUACCUCCAGCGGUUUAGGGCAAAUGUUUCACAAUUCAUCUCGAAGGAGAAGUUAUAAUGAAUCAUUAGGGGAGUCAGAAGGACGAGAAGGCAGAAAACGCACCACAUCAUCUAUGGAUAUAGUAAUGGAUUCACCUUCACAUAAGCGAGGGCGUUAUAACUUCUAGUAAUUCAAUUAAAAUAACAUCGAACUGAUAUUGACAAUAUAUUAUACUUAUAUAUAUGUAAAUGUUAAUGUUUGUGAAUAAAAAAAAAGAUGUGUGGAUA